CACAAAUUUUGCGGUGACCAUUGGACGGAUUUUCGGAACUUGGGGGAAUUGACUAAUUGUGGAGAAGUUUUUUUCGGGCUGCGACAUUUUGUGAGAUUUUGUGAGGAAUGUCCAGUGAAGGGAAUUUUAUCACUUACGAUAUUUAGGCCUUGGGAGUGUUGAUGUGAAAAUUCAAGUCUUGGCGUUAUUACAGUUAUUUUGCUGAAUUUGUGGUGGUAAUUGGACAGAUCCUGUUCAAAUUUUGGGAUUCAGACUGGAGCUUUACUUGGAUGUUGAGAUGAAAGUUCAUGUGCAUGAUUUUUUGUGGAAUUUUUAAUAGUAUAUUGUGCAUCAAGGGCGGAAAGUUAUGAUUUCCCAUCCGAGCUAUCCAUUUUAUUCUUCAACACACCUGAAGAAAAAGUGUAUUUUGAUGUCUGAUACGUGGUCUUAAGUUUCCACCCUUGGGAACAAUUUUUAAUCAUAGGGCGGAAAGUACUUACUUUCCUCCCGCUCUUCAGAUAGAAAAAUAGUAACUUUCCCUUGCCAAUGUGUGGGAAAAUAGCAUGUGCACCUCGGACGGACAAAAACAACUUUCUGCCCUGGAUGUAUAAUAUACUGUAUCAAUAGUUAUACGAUUGGGGAAGGUAUUUCGAAUUAAAGCUAAGGUAUAGAAAAUUUAUAAGGAACGAUUUCACUGAUUUUGUGGGUUACACGGAGAGAAGUUUCUAAGAAAAAUUCUGGCCCUAACGCAGGAAAACGGAGGUACAAAGUGGUAGCUAGGAUUAAAUUACAGUGGUAAAUGACGGAACGAGGGUAGUGGAAAGUGACCUGGUAUAAUGUCAGAUGGGGUCGAUGGUGGCAGCGGGGAAAACGAGGUAGACUCACAUUCCUCCGCGCAAGCUGAACCCGGAGAAUCAUCAAAUCAUCGGGAAGAUGAGAUUUUGGAUCCUGAUAAUGAGGCUGCAUUAAAUACUAAUUAUGAUAGUAGUGAUGGAGCCGUUCCUGUAUUUAGAUGUGAAAGAUGUGACAAUUACGAAACGAUAAAUAAAACAGCAUUCUGCGCCCAUCAAGACCAGUGCCUAGCUGGUGGUGAGGGUGGUGAGAGUGUCGAGGGAAUUGAGAGCAAUGAGAACGAUGGGGACGGUGACGAGGGGCAUGCUGGGCACCGAUCGCACAGAAAAAUGUUCGAGUGUGACGUCUGCAACAUGAAAUUCUCCAAUGGAGCUAACAUGCGCAGACACAAAAUGCGUCACACUGGCGUCAAACCGUACGAGUGUCGUGUCUGUCAGAAGAGAUUUUUUCGAAAAGAUCAUCUGGCUGAACACUUUACAACCCACUCGAAAACAUUGCCUUACCACUGUCCAAUAUGUAAUCGUGGAUUCCAAAGACAAAUUGCAAUGAGGGCACACUUUCAGAAUGAACACGUUGGUCAACACGAUAUGGUCAAGUCCUGCCCACUCUGCAACUAUAGAGCAGCUACGAUGAAAUGUUUGAGGCUGCAUUUUUUCAAUAGACAUGGAAUAGAUUUAGAUAAUCCAGGACCAAAUAGUUCGUCGUCCCUACUGAGCAGUUGCUCCCCGAGCGAGGCAAUGCCAUCAGCACCACUAUCUGACAGUGGUGACAGUACGGGUAAUCGCUCAGCAGAUAACGCUACACCGCCGAUGCACUUCUUGACUCCUCACGUUGAAAUAUCAAUACCGUAUCCGGAGCAGGCAGCUGGCCAACGCAAUCCCAGUCCAGCACCGUUGAAUGGGGAUAGUCCAAACAGUCCCCAGAGCGCUGACAGCAAUAGCAACGCACCGAGUAGUAGUCAUCAUCAGUUACCUAUCAAUAGCACUAUUCAUCGGAGUAUCGGUGGUAGUGAAGAGGCAAUAACGCCAUCAAUAUCCCUGAUCCCCAUAAAACAAGAGCCAAACAGCAAUGGAAUGGACGACUCUGGUGCAACAUCCAGUAAUCAUCCUUUGCCAUCGCUCAUAAAAGUUUCACCACUGAAAUCUCUCCUGCGCGAUGACUUGAGGCGUAAGCUAACAAAUACAACAAAUAGCAGUCACAACAAUGGUACAACAACGAUAAAUUCUCAAACGCGUGGUGAGCCACCGACAUCAACGAGGCCGGAUCCCCGUUCAAGUGGUUUACAGUGCACCUAUUGCAGAAUAACAUUUCCAGAUCAAACAUUGUAUUUUUUGCACAAGGGCUGCCACAGUGAGAGCAAUCCCUGGAAGUGUAAUAUUUGUGGGGAACAGUGCUGUAAUUUGUAUCAAUUCAAUUCGCAUUUAUUGAGCAAGAGUCAUCAAUAGUAACGGCGAGUAAAUUAAUGAGAGAUAUGUCAUUCGAAAAAUGAGGCUCGUUUGAAGGGAGAAAAUCGUGCCUUUUUUUUAUUAUGAAGAUGAAAAUUUAAUGAGGAUUACUAAUUAUUGCCAAUAUUCACAAAACUCGUCCAUCGUGAUAUGUCACCACACGUUUAUGAUCCGUCCAAUAGGGCUUCACAGAGUUUAAAUAUUCCAAGCUCUAUUUAUUAGUUGUAAAUGGAAAAAAAAAUAUUGAACGAUUAGUGAAUAGAUGGCAGCGCAGGGAGCAGAAAUAUUUCUGAAGAAGAAGACGUACCAAAAAUAUUUCAUAGAAAAACGUAGCGGAAUCGCUCGGAAAUGUUGUUGGAUUUUUAUCAAACAUUUUAGUAUUAAAUUGAAAGUUAUUUGUCAAAUUCAAUCGAAGUGUUCCGCAGCUCAUUUGUGCUUGUGUAUUCAAAGUUAAUUUCUUAAUAGGACUACUUCAACUGAAACACUCGGCGGAAUUUGAACUUUGUAUAAUUUAUUCAAGUACAAUAUCAGAUGAAACUGAAAACUGUGAAUUUGGAGAACAAUUAUGAAAUCCAUGUCAUGAAGUUCCUAUAGAAAAUAACUCAAUAAAAUCUUGUGAUGGGAAGAUAAAUUUAAAACGAGAACAAUUAAAAAAUGCAGAUACAACUGUUAAAAUGAAUGCAGAUUUAGAAUAAAUUCGUUGAGUUAUUCUAUGAAAAUUUUUCGUCCGUAAAAUUGAGGAACAAAUGUGGUAGAGAACAAACCGUACUAAAUAUACCGGAAAAAACGUCGAUCAGGUCUUGAACAUGUGAAUUAGAUUAAUUUGGAUUAAAUUUUUAAAAGUUAUCAACAGGCUGACAAAAUGCUUCAAAGUAGCACUGGUGCUGCUCACCUAAGGUCAGAUUAUUUUAUCGAAAAAUCUAGCGAAAUCGAUAGGCAAUUUCUACUAUUUAUUCUAUAGCGCUUCUAUUGAACUUUUUAUUAGUAUUUAGACAAUUCUUUCUGUCCGUUUUUUUCCAAUGAAGUUACUUAAUGGGAAAUAUUCUUUAGCAAAAAUCAACCGAAUUUGAUUUUUCUGUACAAUUCAUUCAAAGAAAAUUGAGAACCACACUUAGUGCUCUGCGUUUAAAAAUAAAUUAUAGAAUUCCUGCUGACGAAUUCCUAUAAAAAAUGUCACACUCGAAAAAGCAUGGUUGGAAGAUGCAAUUAAAUAUUCUUCGUUUAAAGAAAAAUACACUAAAAAAAUACGGAAUUUCCGGUUGAUCUCGGAAGAUUCUUCGAUAAAAAUUGUUCGUGCAUGAAAUUAGGGAACAAAAGUUGUCGAGAGUAGGACGUACUAAAUAUACCUGAGGCAAUGUCAAUCAGGAUUAUAGCAGGUUGAUUAGAUUAAUCUGGAUUGAAUUGUUAAAACUUAGCAACCAAGUUGGUAAAAUGCUUCAAAGUAGCACCCGUACUCUUCACCUAAGCUAAAAAGCAAUUCCUUGGUGCACAAAUUUUGUUUGUCGACUGCGGCAUUACUUUAAUAAACAAUUCCUCAAUUACAUUGAAAGAAUUAAACGCGAAAAUACAGAAAUAUCGCUAAAUUUACCACUGAAUUGCGUCAGAAGCUGAAGUGCAUCUCAACUGAAUUUUUUCAGUUGAUGAAAGGAUGAAUGUAACACAGAGGCUUUAAUAAUUGAUAUUAAUUGGUCGGAUGGAGACAAUGGGAAUAAUUUGUCUUUCAAUGAAUGAGAAUGGAGAGACACGAGAUAAGAGGAAGAGAUUGAUAAAUUCUAUUGGUUGCACCGAUGCCCCUAUUUCGAUUAAUAUUUUAUAUAUAAAUAUUUGUACAAAAGAGUAUUAAUGAAGUAAUGGAAAAUGUGAAAUAAGUAAAAUGCAAAAAUUGGGGUAUUUCACGUAUAUAUUGGAGAAAUUAUUAUAAACAAAAAGAAGUAUAUUUAAUCGCGUCACAGAGAAUUAAAAAAAAAUGAAAUACUGACACUUAUAUACACAAACACUGCUGUAAAUGGUUGUAGUUAUUUAAUGAUUAUUCUGUAUAUCGAGAGGAAAAUAUUUAAUAUUACAGUUUUAUUUAUUAAUGACUAAUUUAUUGUCUCGCAUUCCAAGAAAACGUAAACAAAUUCACACAGGAUUAGGUUAAUUGAGAGAAGAACAAUACUUUGGUGGAACUAAUAUAAUAUAUAGAUUUACAUACAUUUUUGUUCAAAGCAGAAUCAUAAGAACUCACUUAUCCAGCACUCGAAAGCAUAAAGAUCAUUGAAUGAGGAACUGUAAGAAUUAUUUGUAUGGAUAUUUACAAGAAUUAUGAAAAUUUCAUGUAGAAAAAUAUUAUUUCCAUAAUGUGACCUUGCUCGAGUCUUUUUAGAUACCUUUACAUAACACACGUGUUCAUCAUAUUUUUGGAUUGUUGAAAAUGAGUGACAAGUGCCUGAUAUGAAAAAUUAGAAUUCAAUAUUUUCGAAAAAAGCAUAAAAACGUGUAAAAUUUCAGUUUGAGAAUAUAAAAUAUUUGAAGUGGACCACCAAGCGCGUUUACACUGUGAUCAAGUUUACAAAGAAAAAAAGAUAGUCUUAAUGAUAGAAAAUAAAGGAAGGUGGUUACGAAAAUAUGAUGAAUGCACCCUCGUAAAAAUUGAAUCUGUAAUCAAUUAGAAUGAAAUAAUAAGUUUGAAUCGAGAAUAUAUAAAUAUAUCGAAAUUUUAUGAAUUAAAUUCAGGUACUCUCUAAUUUUUGGAUUUGAGAAGAGAACUCAUUAUCCCAUUCUAAUUCAUUACUGACACAAAUAAAUGAUGGAGAAGCCUUAGGUGCACACCCCGCCCACUUAAUCAUACGAUUAUUGAAAAGUUUAAUUCUAUUUAAUUGUAUAAGAAUUGAAACAAAAAAUAUUGUUGAUGUUACUACGGUGUAAUGGGUAUUAAAUACAUAAAAAUGAUGUAUAUAA